AUGCUUAACCGAUUUGCCAAGACUGAUGAAGACCUACUUCGGGAGCAAGCUGAAUUUCUUAAAAAUCCUCCUGCUAAUCGCAUUGUAAACGCCGUGUCUACUGGUCAGGCCUCACGCCCCACCUAUGAUGAACAGAACACGCCUCUUUUUCAAUCGCCAGUUAGUUCGCAAGUCGUCGAGCACCAAUUUUUGCUCGGCGACACGAACCUUGCUUCUGAUGACCCGAUUCAAAGUAACUGUGGCCAACCUUAUGUUCCUACCUUGGGUGAAAGCAUUACAGAUGCCGGUCUGCUGCACUGUGCCAGCCGAUUGAGCUCGGAAAGUUCCUUCACCAGGUCUAAAGGCCGAAGUCUCUUUGCUAAACAGUUAUUGGCUGCCAAAGAGGGCGUGGCUUUUAGACCUGAUGCUAGUUCAGUGCAGCUUAGGAAGGAAAUGCCAAAGCUUUCGGACCCUCUCCAGCAGUUGGCUGAUGCUGGACCAUGUGUGAUCCGCCGUCAGCAUGGCUUUGCGGCGAAUGAGAUUGUGCGUAUCCAUGAAAACAGCAUAAACUUACUUUCGCAGCUCUCUGAGGAGGAAAUAUUACGAGAACGGGAGGCCAUUAUUGCAUCCGCAGCUCCCCGGCAUGGGGUUCCAUUGGAUAGGGAGGAUGCGAAUCAUCAUUCGCCAGAAAGCACCGAACCGUCUUCCGAACUCAACGCAAACUCCAUUUUGGCUUCACUUGGCAUCGAGCCGGAUCCCUCGAUUCCUCACAUGGAUGUGGUUGAACCGGAAAAACUAGCAUGGAUGCAGGAUCUUCCGCACAGCGCAAAAGCACCCACGGAAGAGGUCAGAUCCACAAACAUGACUUCAUCGAAGGGAUGCAACGCUCGAUUUGAUCUUGAAGGUCGUGUGGUUCCUCCUGAUGCGGAUGUACCUACUCAUCUGGGUCUUCAUCAUCAUGGUGAUGAACCUGAGCGUGGUGGCUAUACAAUAGGAGAACUAUUCCACCUGGCCUCCUCCAGCCAGCCAAUUCAAAGACGCCUUGCUCUCUCGAGUCUGGCCGCAGCACUAGCUGCCUCGCGUCGUGGGCAUCAUAGUGCACUAUUACAGACCCCCAGUCUCCUUCCUUCCCUACUUCUUACUCGACCUACAGGGAUCUGCUUCCUCCUUCGCUGGGCUUUGGAUCGGUGCGUCAGUGAGGCCACUCGCGCCUCUUCUGCUGUCGGUGGCAACGGUGGUGGUGUCUCUGUAGCUCUCAUUAGCGAGUGUUUUCGCGCGUUGAAUAACCUGCUGGUGGAUGAGCGAGGCGAAGCGCUUCUAGACGAGGCUUUCGAUUGGUCAAGUGAAUGUCGAAAGUCUAUGGUAAAUCUCUUCCCGUCAGCAGUAAUUCGGCGUCCGCACAAAUUCCGCCUGGAGAUGGCGACAUCGGCAGCGUUAAGUUCGGAUAAUGAUGAGAAAUCGGACCAUGUUGAAGCCAUGGCGACGGAUCCUGUGGGCUGCCUGUUUGCUCAGACCAACCUAGCAGCCCGCAUCGGCUGGAUGCUCUCUCCCGGUCCUGGUCUUCGUCUACCUCCUGACAUCGUCGCGCACACUCUCCCUGCUCUCCUAAUCACCGCAGCUAGACAUUCUACUGCUCUGGCUUUGACGAUUUACAAGACACCACAUUUGAUUGCCUCUCUCAUUGAACACUUUCUUCCUUUGGACUGGAGCGAUUUGAACACACAUGAAUGCCACAACGACCAACUUUCCAAUGCCUACGGUGUUCCCCUCCCUCGAGUGCUCAAAUUGAUGCGCGUCCUAGCUCAACGCAGUAGCAGCUUGCGGCUAAUGCUGGUAAAUGACUGGCGCCUUGUUGAGCGCUGUCUCGCCUACCUGCUACACUUUCCCACUUCUCUACCUCCUAAAUUCGGCGUUCUUCUCCAACUGGAGGCACUUCGAUGCCUAUCUGUGUGUCUGGAAGGAUCGGAACCGCCAUCUAAAGCGGUUGACUUCACCAGACAGGCAAUUGGUGGACUUGUGGCAGCUGCUCAGGUGGUGAUGGAGGCUGAAAGGAGCGAAUACCCUCUCCAGAUCGCAUGGUUAUCGUUCUUCGCCAAUGUCGUGGUGCCGCGUUUUUCACAGUACCUCUCCAGUAGCCAAUUUGAGAGCCUUCGCAGUUGGGCUAAGAAAUUUUCUGAAGAAGUCACAAUAACCGGCUAUGAUGAAGGUGAAAGAGGAGAAGAAAAGAGGGCUUCUCCACCUCCACUGGUUACUGUCACUGUACACCUUUUGAAGGUUUUGAGUAUGGAGGAAUUGACGGAUAUUCAAAGACGCAUUUUCCAGGGCCCGGCAUGGAACGUGGUUUUGAAUCACUUUAUCAGGCACCAGUCAGUCCUCACCGGAUUCCCUCAGAGGACCUCUCACGCCGACGUUUUAGCUCCUGGCGUUGGCUCGAUUCACACCAACGACGAUCCGCCCACCAUCCCUGAUAUUGUCUUCGAGUCAGGCGAAAAUGAAGACCUACUGUCUCCCAUUACUGUCUCGUCUGCUCUACCUUGCCUUCCCGAUCUGGGGAUGUCUACGUGUCUUUUCUAUCGUGGGCCCUGUUCCUCUAAUAACGAGUCCUCGGUCACCCUUCCUGCCAUGUGGUGGCCAUCCUCCGCCCACUCUCUUUAUCCUCGCGACGUUUUGGAAUCUCUCGACUUGGUCUCACCGACACCGGCGAUGUGGCCGAGCUUUCUGCCUUUAAUGGAAGCGGCAAUGAUUAUUGGAAAUGUGGAUCUAAGUCGUUGGUGUAGUCGUUUAACUAGGUUGUGUGUGCCCCCGGUGAUGGAAAAAUCGGGUAGUAGUUGCCUCUCGUUGCCGCAUGGCAUAAUGGCACUAGAAUCUGCGAUGAUGCAAAGAUAUCUUCUUGCAAAAUGGAGCGACUCUAAAGCGGAGGAACUAUGGUGGGCCACCUUCCAUCUCCUUCCCUACUUCUUCUUUGGGCAAGAGACAUUGCUAAUUGACCUUCUUCAGAAGGUUAUCUUCCCUGUUUACGACCUGACUCCUGUUGAAAGGGGAUUUUCUACCGAAGUUAUGAAUGCUUCUCCUCCAUGGCCCCCAGUUCAUGAUUCGUUUGCGCUCGGUUUGGCAUACCAUGCUCAUCGUGUUUAUGUGGAAUACUUUCUCAAGUUGUUUCAAGGCCCCAGAUCUGAAACUCAGAUAACUUUCAAGCCUCUCAAGACUCGCUCCAGUUGUGAUUUCAUUCUACCUGACGACUGGUUCUAUAUGCCCCUCCUGGAGUCCUACUUUUGUGGCUGCCGUCACCGUAUCAAUGGAGAUGAUGACAAAACCCCUUCCAGUGCGUUCAGUCCGAGCGAACCUGAGGCCUACUUAUUGAAAGCUACGGCUUGUUUGGGUUGGAUCCAUCGGUUGUUGAGUCAGCGCUUACCACCGCGUAGCUCUACAAAGAUUCGGGAGCUUUCUGCCGGUGGACACUUAACUCGCGUGUGCUGUGCUAUUUUAACUUACCAAGGCGCGGGAGCGCUGUGCUUUAACGCCUCGGGUGUCAUUAUUGCGGAGUUGAUCAGUCUACUGGCGCCAAAAUUGGAUAUGGAGGAGAUGGACCGCAAUCCUGAGGCAUACCUCCCGCUAGAUUUACUUUCUCUUUAUAACUUGUUCACCGACUUGUUGGAGCACUACGCGGCCACCUCUUACUCCUCUCCAAUUUUUGGCAACCUUCUACUUCUCUUCCUUCAAUCCACGGGGCUACCGCCGAGCUAUAGACGUGCUCUCUGGGGAGAGCAUCAAUCUACUCUCCGUGCCUUUCAACUCUCGCCUAGGGAGGUCAUUUUUCCCAUCACCACCUAUGAGGGAUUAUUUGAACCUUUGGAGAAGGAUGAGGGAGUUCUCAGAGCUUAUGCCAGCGCUCUCUGCUCUGGGGUAGUAAAUCCCACUCGGCAGCCUCUGGCUGCUCUCAUCGCGUUACAUCAUCUCAAUCGAAAUAUCUAUCUGGUGAAUCCCAGGUCAAUGCAUAGCGAGUUCACACAACAACUUGCAGCUUCCCUCCGUUUCAUCAUUUCUUGCAAAUUCCGUGGUCGAGGUGAGAUGGAGCAAGUGAUAGCUUUGCUACGGCGUUACAAACAGCCGAUCAUGUGGAAGACUACGUCGUUGACUCCUAUUUCCGAUCUUGUUCGACCAACAUACGUCUCGCAAUCUGUUGCCAGUGGUGAUGUGAAGAUUACUGAUAUGAUGCAACUUUACAGAGAAGAAGAAAUGCCUGUUUCGAGGGUGAAAAGAUGGGAAGAAUUCUUAGAAAGCUGA